GCCAUCUUUUAUAUAAUUUCAUAAAACUCCAAGCACGGUUAUCAUGCAAACGUAUUACCAUAUAGCGCUUUGAUCACUGAGAAAUUUGACUCAUAGUUCUAUAUGUCUUUUGCUACUUCUAUAUGUUUUUUAUAGUGUUUUGUGAAGCAAUUCAAACCGAGAGAAGUUAGAAAAUUUAAGCUAUAUAAGGUAUUAAUUGAUUAUCGUUACAAUGGUCAUGGAAGAACAGCACUCUGACAUGGAAUUAGCAGCAGAAAAAAUUCCAGUACCACAAGUGCAAAAACAAAUAGAAAUGCCAUCUGUCGAAACAAACAAUAGAAUCAAAAGCAUUUCUCGUAGCAAACCAAGAUUUAGGAAAAAGGCACUACAUGCAGCCAUACUUAAACAGAUGGAAUUUUAUUUUUCUGAUGCUAAUUUAAGUAAAGAUCGUUUUUUAGGAAGUCUUAUUAAAGAAGAUCCAUAUGUUGACUUGAGUAUCUUCACUAGAUUUAACAAAAUCCGAGAAUUAACUACAGACAUAAAUAGAAUAGCUAAAGCACUUCAAGUAUCAACAAUGUUAUCAAUUUCUGAUGAUGGUUUAAAAGUUUGCCGUAUAACUCCAAUCAAACAAAAGGAAAAUACAGAAGACUGUACAGUGUAUGUUCAAAAUUUACCACCAGGUGCAAAUCAUGAUUGGUUAAGUUCAAUUUUCUCUCAAUAUGGAAAUGUUGCAUAUGUCUCCAUACCUCAUUAUAAGAUUAAUAAAAAAAUAAAAGGUUUUGCUUUUGUGGAAUUUGAUACACCAGAAGAAGCUAAAAUAUGCAUUAAGGCUUUUAAAAAAAUGGAUUGUCUCUUACCUUCUCAUACAAAUCCUGAUGAACUUUUAAGUAUUACUACUUUUGAUGAUGUUGAAAAAGAUGUCACAAUGGAAGGUAAAAUGGUAAAAAUGAAACAAAAUGAAACAAAUUUGACCAGUGAUAUAAAUUCAGAAGUAAAAAUUCCAAACCUAGAAAUGUUUGAUAUUGAAAUGGAAAAUGAAAAAGAUAAGAAUAAACAAUGUGUGCUUAAAGAAUCUAUUAAAAUAGAAGAGAAUUGCAAUGACUCAAAAAAGGUAAUAAAAAGGAAGUAUAGCUCUUCUUCUAUAACUGAUGCAGAUAUUGAUGUUAAAGAUAAGAUGAUUGUAUCAGAACCAGAAACUAAAAAAUCAAAAAAAUAUAAUAAACAUGUAAAUGAAAGUUCAAAUAACCACUUGUCUGAUAUUGAGCCUGAAAAUGAAAUCUCCAAUGAAAAUAAUGUUUCACAAGAGUCAGAAAAAAUGGAUUUAAAUGAAGAAGGGAACGAAGAAACGAAUGAGCUGUCCAAAAAACCAAAGAAAAAGCUUAAGAAAGCGAAAUCUGAAAAUGAAAGCAUUAAUGAAAUUUCAGACAAUACUAUUAAAAAAGAAAAUAUAAUAAUAGAAAAUGUUGAAAUGACUAAUAAUACUAAUACUGAAGAAGUUACAGAUGAAAAAAAAAAGAAACGAAAACGUAAAAGAAAAAGUAGGAUUGAUGACGAUUCUAUAAGUAAUAUAGGACUACAAAUAAUGGCUAAAAAACAUUGGAAGUAUUUAAGAAAUAAAUAUUUAGAAUUGCAAAGAAGUAAAAUGAAACAAUUGAAACAACAUUUGAAGAAAACAAGGAAUCAGUGGUAUAACUAUGAUAGGACAAAAUCAGAUAAAGAAGAUACUGAAGAAAAAGAAAAAAUAUCUACCACAGACAAAUCUCCAAGACUUUCUUUUAUACCCGGAGUAAUAGUAAAAAUUGAAUUAAAUGAACCAUGUACAGAUCCAAGAAGUUUAAAGGCGGAACUGAAAGGUAAUAACAAUAUAAAAUACAUAGAUGUGUCAGAAAGUGCUAAUGAAGUAUAUGUUAGAUGUGACACACCAGAAUCAGCUCAAUCUUUUAUUCAAAAAUCUAAUAAAGAAAAAAAUAUGAUUAUAUUAAAAGAUGAGGAUGAACGUAUAUACUGGAACAAAAUACUACAAGAUAGAGAAGAAAAAUUGAGCAAAAAAGUCAGAGUUAAACAAAGGGGUAGAAGUAAACUUCUUAAGAAAGCAGAGAAAGAAUUAGGAAAACAUAUAAAAUUUGAUGAAGUUUAAUAAAUUUUUUUUCUUGUAUAAAUCGUUAACACGUGUACAUACAAAUGAAAAUAUUCUUUGUAUUAUAAUAUACAUUAAAUAUUUUUCUGUGUAUUGUAUUCGUUAAACAUUAUAAAAUCAAAUGUGAAUAAUAAAUUUGAAGUCUUAAAUCCUU